AGCGCCUGGGUUUGCAGCCUGGUCGGCUCCGUCCCGGCCUCGCGGUGACAUCCGGCUGCUCGGGGCCGGCUGCGGGCGCUCCCGUUGCCCCUACCCCGCCGAUCUGCCCGCUGCAGCCCUCCCUGCCCGGUGGCCUCGGGCAGCCCGUGGGCGCUGGCGGGGCCGGCGGCAGAGCGCGGAGCCGGGGAUGCGGCGGGGCCCAUGGUGAGCCGCCGCCACCGCCGCGCCCCGCCGCACCAUGCCGCCGCGCCCGUCCCCGAGAGGAUGUUCGAGGGCUGCCGGCGAGUGCGGAGCCUCUGGGGAGGCGUGAAGCUGGAAGUGGCCGGCGAGAGCAGUCCCGUGGUGCUGCACAGCUUUACCCAGCUCGACCCCGACUUGCCGCCGCUGGAGAGCUCCACACAGGAGAUUGGAGAAGAGCUGGAGGAUGGUGUGAUCUACAGCAUAUCGCUUCGGAAAGUGCAGCUCCAUCACACAGCCAACAAAGGGCAGCGAUGGCUGGGGUUUGAGAAUGAGUCAGCCUUAAACCUCUACGAGACAUGCAAGGUACGGACAAUAAAAGCCGGGACCUUGGAGAAGCUGGUAGAAUACCUGGUCUCGGCCUUCAAGGGCAAUGACUCCACCUAUGUCACCAUCUUCCUGUGCACUUACCGGGCCUUCGCUACCACCAAGCAAGUGCUGGAUCUGCUGCUUAACAGGUACGGCAACCUCCAUGUGCAGGUGAAUGGGGACCAUGCCAGGCAUGCUGUGGAUGAGAGGAUGGAGCUGAAGAACACCAUCUCCUCCAUCCUGGGUGCCUGGCUGGACCAGUACUCAGAGGACUUCCGCAAGCCCCCGGACUUUGCCUGCCUCAAGCAGCUCAUCUCUUACGUGCGCCACAACAUCCCUGGCUCAGACCUGGAGCGCCGAGCUUGCAUCCUGUUAGCCCAGUUCCAGCAGCAAGAGCAGAGCGAGUCCGAGGUGGAAGCUGUGGACCACAGUGGCUGCACCUUUCAGCUGGUGGAAGAGAACGGGGUCAGGGACGGGAAGCCGGAUUUCCUCUCCUUCUCCCCAGAGAUGGUAGCAGAACAGUUCACACUGAUGGAUGCUGAGCUGUUUAAGAAAGUGGUGCCUUACCACUGUCUGGGCUGCAUCUGGUCCCAACGAGACAAGAAAGGCAAAGAACACCUCGCACCCACCAUCCGUGCCACGGUCUCGCAGUUUAAUAGUGUGGCCAACUGUGUCAUUGCCACAUGUCUCGGAGACCGGUCCCUGAAGCCACAGCACAGGGCUAAAGUGGUGGAGCGGUGGAUCGAAGUGGCUCGGGAGUGCCGCAUCCUGAAGAACUUCUCCUCCCUCCGAGCCAUUCUCUCAGCUCUGCAGUGCAACGCUGUUCACCGGCUGAAGAAGACCUGGGACGAGGUCCUACGGGAGAGCUUCCGCACUUUCCAUGAGCUCUCAGAGAUCUUCUCCGACGAGAACAACCACUCGCUGAGCCGGGAGCUUCUCAUUAAGGAAGGCACAUCCAAAUUUGCCACCUUGGAGAUCAACCCGAAGAGGGCUCAGAAGCGGCAGCAGCAGCAGAGAGAAAUGGGUGUGAUGCAGGGCACCAUUCCCUACCUUGGUACCUUCCUCACGGACCUGGUGAUGCUUGACACCGCCAUGAAGGAUUUCCUGGAUGGCGGGCUGAUCAACUUUGAGAAGAGAAGGAAGGAGUUUGAAGUCAUUGCUCAGAUCAAGCUGCUUCAGUCAGCCUGCAACAACUACAGCUUCACGCGGGAGGACCAGUUCGUGGACUGGUUCCACAGCCUGGAGCGGCUCAGUGAGGCUGAGAGCUACGGGUUGUCAUGUGAGAUUGAGCCACUGUCAGAGUCAGCCAGCAACACGUUGAAAGCAAAGAAAAACACAGGCAUCAUCAAGCGAUGGAGCGACCGGCAGCCACCAAGCACCGAGCCCUGCAGCAGCAGCAGCUCCCACUCAAAAUCCUUCGAUCAGCUCAAGUGUGGGCAGUACCUGUGCAGCGGGGAUGCCACUGACUCAGUGAGCGUCACCUCCGCUGGCUCCAGCAGCUCCGAUGUGGAGGAGAUCAACAUCAGCUUCAUCCCUGAGUCCCCCGACUGCCAGGAGAAGAAGGUCAGUGAGAUCCCUCUGGCCUCCCUCCCCCAGCGCUGGUACGCCCUGUCUGUGGCCAAUGGAGAAGUUAAACCCGCUGUGUCCUCCGCAUCCCCUCUCCUCCCUGCCCUCCAGUUCUGGGAAUCCACGUCCCUCUCCUCCCUGGACACAUCAGGCAUUGGCUCAGGCUCCAGCAGUGCCUCGUCCUCUUCAGUCUCCUCCACGCCAGUGACGGCCUCCCGUACCCACAAGCGCUCAGUCUCUGGCAUCUCUAGCUACUCCUCCCUCUCGCUGCCCCUCUACAACCAGCAGGUCGAUGACUGUUGCAUCAUCCGUGUCAGCCUGGCUGUGGACAACGGCAACAUGUACAAGAGCAUCCUGGUGACAAGCCAGGAUAAGACCCCAGUUGUUAUUCGCAAGGCCAUGGCGAAACACAACUUGGAUGGGGACAGGCCUGAAGACUAUGAGCUCGUUCAGAUCAUCUCAGAGGAGAGAGAGCUGAAGAUCCCCGACAAUGCCAAUGUCUUCUAUGCCAUGAACUCUGCUGCCAACUAUGACUUUGUGCUCAAGAAGAGGGGCUUCUCCAAGGGAGUGAAGAUCAAGCAUGGCUCCAGCUCCACCCUGCCCAGGAUGAAGCAGAAAGGCCUGAAGAUCGCCAAAGGGAUCUUCUAGCCUCAGCCCCACUGCCACCCAUCACCAGCGGGGCUUUGGGGGCAUGGUGAUCCAGCCUUGGCUGCAGCCGGCCCUUGUGCUGCCUGGCAAGGCAAGAGCAGCGGUCCUUGCCCACAGGUCCCACUGUGCCUCACCCUCCUGCACCAAGAGCUGGGCACUUCAGCAGCUGGUGUCGACCUCGGUCCGUUUCAGUUGGGUCCUUGUUUCUGCACAGGAAGACAGCAGGAUGGGGGCCUCUCUCUCUCUCCCCCCUCACUCUCUCUGUUUCUCUUCCCCUCCCGCCUGGUGUGACACUAGUCCAGCCCAGCCACUGGGCAGCCCUUGUCUGGAGCUUGCCUCUGCCGUAGGUGCCUUGUGUCCGAGCAAGCCAGGGAGUAGUGACUCACAAGAGGGGCCAUUUGCAAGGAGUAGAGCACAAGCACAUGGUGGGGUGCUCUUCUUCCCAAUUUUCCUGGCAUAGUUUUACCUCCAUGUCCUUCCUCCACGGGAUAACUGGCAUCACUGUUGCCACACUUCUCUGCCUGUCAUUCCUUUGGGAGAAGCUGUGGAUGCCCUGGUCUGGGAAGUGAGCUGGAAAGGAUGCAGCCCUGCACCGAUGCUUGGAGCCCUGUGGAGGAGGGCUGUGUCCAUGCCAUGAUGGAUUGGGUGCCUCAUAGUCUCAACAACUGAAAGCCUGCGUGGUCUCUCUUCUCUCCCCAGUCCAGCAUGUCCUCAGCCGGACUUUCACAGCCCGUGUUCAAACUUGCACCAAAGAUCAAACACCAGUGUCUCUUCUGCCAUCGGGGGAAGGUUUGGGUUGUGCCCCAAGUGCUGCCAGCCCACGAGGAGGAGAGCAAAAUUCUGUUUGAACUCGUGUAAAUAGGGACCUCGGGUCUGCAUGGGCAGGUGAGGAGCCAGAGCUCCUGGUGCCCCAGCUGUUGCCCACAGAAAGUGCCACUCGCCUUGGGCUUCAACCAGACUUUUUCAAACACUGACCAUGGGAGAAGCAGCACUGAGACUUCUUUUGUAUAAAACAAAAUAGUUUACUGAUUUCACACCCCCCCCCCCCCAAAUAUUUAUUGGUUGUAAAUAGAAGAGUCAAACUUGUA